ACAGGCAUCCCCACGGCAGCUUUUACCUUGGUAGCAAGAAAACUUGUGGGCACCAUGAUGGCUCUGCUGUGACCAAGGAGUACCGAGAACCUGUUCUACGUGCUGACUUUAUUGGAGACUGUUGGGACCUUGGCCUUGAUGUCCUAUGCACUGCUGUGGGAAUUUGGAAACCUGGUAAACCUCCCAGACAAACGCAUUGGCUUUUACAACUUCUGCCUGUGGAAUGACACAGCUGGGGAGCUGCUGUGCCUGGGGAACGAACAGCUAGAGGAGAUGGGCAUCAAUCUACUACAAAUGGCAUUAGCCAGGGUUUGUGUGUAUAGCUGCCUGGUCUUCAUCAUGUUCCACCUCGUUUAUGUUUUAUUUAUGCAUUACACAGGACAGAGAGAGGGAUGGAAGAUGAUCCUCAUCAUACCCUUCAGCAAGAUUAUAAUCCUGUCUGGAGGCCUGGCUAUGUUUCUUUUACAAACCUCGCAGUGGAUUAAUCUCUCUGAUUUCACUGGUGGCUUCCUGGCACUGCUUGGGACUUGGGCUCUGCUACUGCUCCAGAUUCUCACUGCCACUGUGUACCUCGGCUGGGCCAAGCAGGUACAUAUGAGUCAAAGCCCUUUAACUGAGGAGGCCCUGCCCACUAAGAUUUGACAGUGAAGAAGAUACAAGAGCUAUCGUUACCAUGAUUUAAUAUAGUAAUCCUAAUACAGCUUUACUCCCUAGCAAUAAUUUGAUCCCUAGUCCAAAGGCUCAUGUCAAGCCAUGCUCUGGCACAUUGCUGUGUGCAGCACUCCUGCAUCGAGCUAGUAGCAGACACCAACAGCCACAGCACAAGCACGGAAGCUUCCCAGGUACAACAGCAUGUGACACCCCUCAGUUUGGGGCACAGCAUCAAAGUGACAGCAUUUCUGGCCCUGACCCAAAGAGCAGUGAAGGUAGCAGAACCAGCAUACAGUGGACACAGCCUUCUGCCCACACCUAGUCUAAGUACAGGCAAACAGAGAAGCAAACAAGCUUUCUUUCUUGGAGCUGCCCAGAAAAUCUGCUCCUUCUCCAUCUCCUGGACUAACCAGAAAUGCCUUCAAGGUAAUUGUGACUUGAGGAGCUGUGGCUUCACGCUGCCAUCUCAGCAGUGGCACCCUCAGAGGUGCACUUGUACUUUACCUGCUGGAAUAAUAUCUAGAGUGACUCUGACUUAGCUCAUUAGGGUGAUGUGCCCCACAUGCACCCCAGCAGCAGCAGAGCACACGGAGGGAGGCAGCCUAACAACUCAAGGAACACAGCCCUAAUUGAGGGUUUCCUUGAGAAAGCAGAGGAUUUUGGUGCAGAGCUCCAGGUUUGUUCCCACUAAUAUUAUGGGGCUGAGCCCAGCACUCCAACAGCCUUUGACACUCCAGGAGCAAUGAUUCUGUGUGAGGACAGCUUGCCACAAAGCCAGCUCAGCACAUGCCGCGCAAGGGCAAGCUCAGGGCGCAGGGCCAGGGCUGCUGGGGUGCAGUGCCCCAGCUGGACCAUUGUACCCAGAGCACUGGAUGGGGUCUCCAUGGCACGACAGCACACAGCAGUGCUCCCCGCAUUUCUGUAACCUCGCACAAAGAAAUGCCUGCUUUGCCCCCAUCCCCUUUAGGGUGAAAGUAAGUUGCUAGUAUCUCAUAAUAUGUGGUUAAAUCUAAUUAACUAACAAAAUGUUUUUAAGACCUUUUGCCCCACCACAUAAGAGGAUCUGUAGAUUAUGUUUAACUAGUAACUAACAAAUGUUCAGGAAAAUGUAACCAAGUAGGUAAUUUCUUUGUAAGUAGACAGGAUACAAAUCGCUUAAAAUAAAUAAGCAGCCAAUCAACAACCAACCUUCGAAGCUGUGAAGUAAGCCAUCUAGAACGAUAAGGAAAUAACACCAGAAAGAACUGGUUUUGUAGUUUGAAAACAAGACAACAGACUGCGCAUGCACCAAUUAAGAAAGUGCAAUUGAAGGACAAGUGACGAAGACUACCAAACGACCACCAAAAGGAUUGUAAUAAACCCUAAGCGACACUAGAUGGCAGAAAAGGCUUAAAUAGUUGACUCCGGUUUUUAUAAUCACUUUUCAAAAUAGGCAUUUUGUUACUGAGAUUUGUCUGUGUAAUGAAUAUGUAACAGCCUUGUAAAUAAAAACUGCAUUAAUUCACCCAGUGGUCGGGAGCACUUACGUAAAUAAAGAAUGCCUGCUUAACAGUGA